CUUAUUUCCCCCCCCCCCCUUCUCUCCUUCUCGGUCUCUGGGUGAGCACGAAUCAGCUCUCGUUUCCGCCAUAGAAGAUUGUCGUUCGGCAACAAUCGCUGCUCAUUCGCGAGAGUGCAGCGCAAUAGAGGUACCGAAGAGUGAACGCCGAGAAGAGCGAGGAGGAGGCGGUGGUCGAGUCGACACGUCAAAGGAUCCGAAGGAGAGAAAAGGAGAAGCGAUCACGAUGCCCACAAAGACAGUUGAGGUCGACGCCGUCCUGUUCGACAUGGACGGCACCCUUAUUGACUCUACGCCGGCAGUGAAUGCGACAUGGGCCGAGUUUGCGCGGCAGUACAACCUCGACUACGACCAUGUGCUCAAGACGUGCCACGGCUGGCGGACGAUUGAGAAUCUGCGCAGGUUUGUGCCAUCGAUUAGCGAAGACGAGCUCCCACAAAAGGUCAAGGACUUCGAGGGUAGGAUCUCGCAGAUUGCCGACGAGGCAAAACGGGAGGGAAAGGUGCAAGGCCAGAUUGUCGCCAUGCCCGGCGCCAAGCAGCUCCUGGGUCAAAUUACAGCGGGCCAGAGGGAAGAUCCAAAGAGACGGCUGGGCUGGGCAAUUGUCACUAGUGCGACACAGGCCUAUGCCAAGCUAGGCUUUGCGUCGGCAAAUGUUUCGGACCCCCCGGCCGUCUUCAUCACCUCGGACCUCUGUUCUCGUGGCAAGCCGCACCCCGAGCCCUACCUCCUCGGUGCCAAGCACUCCCAAGUUGACAUUUCACGCUGCCUCGUUGUCGAGGACGCACCGCCGGGUGUCGAGUCCGGCAAAUCAGCAGGCGCCAAGGUUCUUGGACUCAAGACGACGCACGAGGGCCAGAGGAUGUGGGACAAGGGCGCUGACUUUGUCGUCGAGGACCUGAGCCAGGUGCAGGCACGCUGGGAGGGCGAGAAGCUCAUCCUGACGAUCCAGUCCGAGGACAGACCACCGACGCUCUCCAACGGCCAAGCAGCUGCGCAUUGAGUCUUCCCAUCCUCUGUUCCGUGAACCGUUCUCUUUACACUCCAGCACACGUAUACACAAACACAGUCAGGCUGCAAUCAUGUACCUCGCUCGCUCUUCUCUCCAUCGCUGCUUCCACUGUCGUGUCUGUAUGUUGCUACAAUACCGUCUUUUCACAGCUGCCUAGAUUCGAAUAGAGAGACAUCGCUUUGCCCCUGAC